AUGCGAGAGCAGCUCGACAUGUUCGCACAGUCACACUCCAUGUAUAACCAAACGCUUGAAGAGUCACAGAAUUUUGAUGGGAGAAAUUCACUUGACACCAGAACCAACGAUAAGGGACUGGAAGGAGCGGCCCCUGACACAACGCCACCAGAAACACUGGCACGGUCGAAAACUCUGGAGACAGAGGACCAGGCGUCUGGAGAAACAGCACGCUCAGAAACUGACCACGUUAAUCAUAACACACGGCGCGACGGCACAGACGACGCACGCAUCUCAACAGUGGAAGCUGGCAAAAACGAUGAGCGCAGAAAGCGCAGUGGAGGAACAGGAGGAACAGUGCACAGAAAGGUCUUUCGAAAAGCUGCUCAGUGCUUACAACGUGCGUUAGAUGCCGACGGGGUCUUAUUUGCAGAUGGUCUUGUUGGCUUCCAUGGGGAAGUCCAACCCACGGCAGAACCAGAGCUCGAGCUUGUCAGGGAAUUCGCACAACCGCCUUGGGGAGAAAAGGACGUAUGCGAAGGCAAACCACAAUCGAACACUCGAACCUUCACAAGCUCAGAAUAUCUGAAAGGCGUUCACAUUGAUCGGCCGACAGAAGUAUUUGGAAGUGCCGACCGUUCCGAUCAGCUGAACCCCUCGCCCACAUCAAAGCUUUCUGCUGGGCUACCUGGCAUCGACGAUGGCUUCCUUGGGCGACUAAUGGAUAGCCAUCCUGCAGGUGCUAUAUGGUAUCUUACCGAUACGUACAUCCUGCAAGUGAGAGAAGAAACACUAUUUGAGGUGGAUCUUCAAGAAGAGUUGGCACGGUUACGUGUCACGUUUCCGAAUGCUAAGCAGCUGAUGUACGUACCGCUCAUCGAUCCCACAUCUGCAAAACGCCUUUGUGCGUGUUUUGCGUGGCGAAACCAAACGAGCCCAACGUUCACAAGCGCAGCCGACCUUAGUUCUCUUCAAGUGUUUUUGCAUGUGGUGGAAUCAGAGAUUGGAAGAUACGACACAGCAGCUGCCUCAAAACAGAAAGAGAUUUUCGUCUCUUCUGUUAGCCAUGAACUCAGAACUCCUCUUCAUGGUAUUCUCGGCGCUGUACAGCUUUUGGAUGAAUCUGGAUUAGAUCCUUUGCAGAAGUCACUUGCCAGCAUUAUCACUUCCUGUGGCUCUACACUCCAUGAAACACUUACAAGUGUUCUAUCGUACGCAAAGAUCAACCAGUUUGAACGACGCCAGAAUGAAAAUCGUCACCGCCGUACCUCAGACCCUCAGUGGGCGCUCACCGAAAAACAAGGACUUGCCUCUGGUCCGGAUCGAGAUUUCAAAGGCCUGUAUACCCGUACGAAUGUCGCGAUUCUAUGUGAGGAAACAGUCGGCGUUGCGGAAUCUGGAAGAUCCUUUCAGAACUCUGCCGACGAAGAAGUCAUUGUCGUUUGCAACAUCAGCUACGAAGAGAACUGGUCUUAUUUCACAGAGUCCGGCGCACUGCGGCGAAUCGCAGUCAAUCUCAUUGGAAAUGCUUUGAAAUACACGAAGAAAGGCUCGGUGAUUGUCUCUCUUACUGCGUCAAGAUUGGUCAAAGACCCCCUCAGAGCGAGCAACGAGCUCACCUAUGGACGAACGCUCACUCUGAGUGUCAAGGAUACUGGGAGGGGUAUGUCCAAGGACUUUCUGCAAAAUCACCUGUUCAUUCCUUUUACCCAAGAGGACUCAACAUCCUCGAAUGGUGUGGGAUUGGGCAUGUCAAUUGUAAAAAGUCUGGUAACUCUUCUCAGUGGUGAAAUACAGGUUCGAAGUGAUGUCGGCUCAGGAACUGAGAUUGAAGUUCGUUUACCAAUGAGAAUGUGCGAUUCAAAAGACGAGAACGAGUCGUCGGCGACAUUCAUAUUUGAGCAGAACAUAAAGGUAUUGCGUACUCGACGCCUUUCUAUUAUCAUGUUUGGCUUUCCAGAGUUUGUUCGCGAAUCUCUCAAGGCCUACCUCUGCGAAUGGUACAAUUGCGUCUUGCUGGACCAUUCAGAGAACGCAAAGCCCGACAUUGUGCUAGUUGACGAGGGAAAUGAAGAGGUAUUAGACGAGAUCAAGAGGACCGCCCAUGUGUACGGUCUGCAAGCCGUACUCCUGAGCGCUGUUCUCGUCAUUAGCAGGAUGGGCAAGCGCAUGGAUACCAUACGUGGAUACAAGAAGUGGGAAAGAAUACCACGCCCAAUCGGACCCAGGAAUGUGGGUAAAGGGCUUCUAGGGUGUCUACCCAAGCUCGAUGAGUUGAGGAAAUACGGAAACGACGCCAAAUCGGACACUUUAGACAGCCAAUCGAAAUUCGACGAGCGAACUGGAGAAUUAUCGUCUGACAGUACGAAAAACGUCCCGAAUGAGCUUCCCAUGUGGGCUCUGAAGAGACUCCAAGUGUCACAACAUGCUAGGACUGAAGCGUUGAAAGCGGAGCGACCAACCUCACACAAAUUCGCGAACCGAGAUCAAGAGCCUGUUAGACCCGAUCAACUGUCCAAUCCGGACUCUGCCAAGUCAAACCUCGUACCGAAUACCGGACUCCGGAUUCUUCUUGUAGACGAUAACGAACUGAAUCUCAAGCUACUGGGGGUAUUUUUCAAGAGGAAUGGUUAUCACAAUACCCAGAAAGCGAGAGAUGGGUUGGAAGCAGUUCACGCGGUGAAAGAACGCCAAGAGGGUUUCGAUGUUGUCUUCAUGGACUUGUCGAUGCCUAUCAUGGAUGGCUUCGAAGCUACCCGGACUAUCCGAAAGCUGGAAGCCGAGCAGAUCCCUCCCGCGGCUACGAAAGCCGUUUUCAUAGUAGCUUUGACAGGGCUGGCGAGCGCAAACGACGAGAAAAAAGCUUUCGACGCCGGUGUUGACAUGUACCUCACCAAGCCUGUACAGUUCUCCAGGUUGUCGGUAUUGCUGCGUGAGUACACCGACAGGACGUCGGAGACAUCUAAGCUAGCGGAAGAGAGCCAAUCCUAA